AUGAAGGCUCGGCCGUACAUCGGUCUGGAGGCCAAGAUGACGAAGAGGCACCCGCACGGAAGCAGUGGAGAUGUCCGGGUUGCAAUCUGCCCAAAGACACGUAUCCAUCUGUCUACACAUGUUGGUGUGAGAAAGAACUGGAUCCAAAACCAAUCGCUGGCAUACCACCGCAUUCCUGUGGGCAGACAUGCGGUCGAGAACGAGCCUUUCCAAAACUAUGCCCGCAUCCUUGUGAUCUUCUCUGCCAUGCUGGCCCAUGUCCACCAUGUUCCGCUAUGGGGCCAAAGCAAACCUGUUUCUGCGGCAAGGAAGACACCACAAGACGAUGUGUUGAAACCAACUAUGAAACGGGUUGGAGCUGCGGUUCUAUCUGUGGCGAUAUAA